AUGCUGGAACAGAAUGCAGUGUUUACUCAUGAUAUCAAUCUGCUCAGACGCUGUCUCUCCACAUGGAACAGACUGGCUGUGGGAUCGCACUGUGAGCAGCUGAAGUGUGUGCUUCAACAGAUGGAGAGCAGAACAGAGACACACAGGCUGAACUUGAGCUUUUCCACAUGGAGUGUUUUUAGUGUGGCUGAGGUGUCUUCAGGUCUGGAAGCAGAGACAGGCAUCGGCUCUCUUUCUUUCGCACUACAGACUCAAGCAUACAGGGUUUGUCUCCAGGCUGUCUUGUGUGAGUACAACGAGAAGAGGAAGACUGUCAUGAAGAGAAGAACAUUUCUCAUCUGGAGCCAAACAGUGGAGUAUUUCAGAGGAGCACAGCAUUAUUACCAAAGAGUCGUAAUGUACAGAUGUUUCUCCCAGUGGCUUCAUAAGUUCCACCAUCACUCAGAGCUGCUGUGUUUAAGCAGAGAGCUGGAGGAAGUCUGCAUUCGGAGGCUGCGGUGGAGAGCUUUCUGUCUCUGGCAGCUCAAACUCAGCCGUGUUCAGACUCACAUGCAGCACAUCAGUAGUCUCUGGAAAAACACUCGCCAUCUGCGUCUUCAUCUGCGCGUGUGGAGACAGAGACUCAUCCGGAGGAAGAGGGCCCGAGCGGCGGUUCAUCGGUGGAAACAGCACAUCUCACAGGCCAGAAGGCAGAGAAACAUCACGAAGGAGAUGAAAAACUGGUUUCUGCACUGGAAAGAAGCUUUCAGACAGAGCGUCAGAAGCAGAGAUCACUAUACACAGACACAGGAGACAAAGGUUCUGCUGGCAUGGCACAGACACACAGUAUCAGCUCAGAGACUGAGGUACAGGGAGGCCUGGUUCCAGUACAGCAGUGAGAUGAGACUGCAGGCUGCUGUAUUCAUGCAGUGGAGAACAGCGCUGACCUGGGGUCAACAGAGGAAGCGUUUAAUGGAGUGCCAGCUCAUCUAUGAAAACAGAAUUACAGAACAAGCAUUUCACCGCUGGAAAACUGCUGCCGCAGAACGCAGAGGGAUGAAAACUUUUAACAACAGUUUACUUCACAAGUGGUUCAACCGGUGGAAGUAUAGAAAGGAUUUGUUGAACGUAGCAGACAGGCUUUGUCUUAAGACAAGAAGACAUGAAGCUCGAUUAGCGUUCAGUACUUGGUCACUAUGGGCCAAAGAACGUAAAGCUCAGAGACAGAUGCGGGAGGCUGUGAGUCUCUGGCUGGAUGGCAGGGCAGUAUCUAGAACUUUCCAUCAGUGGCUCAGAGUUUACCAACAAUACCAGAAAGCUUCCAGGCACAGACAGAUGCAGCUGUCUCACAGAGCAUUGGAGAAAGGAGUGAAUGGAUUGAUCUAUCUGUACUGGUCCAGUUGGAAAAACCAGACUGAAGCAUCGCUGCUGCAUACACAACGAUUUCAGCGCUGCGUGCUUCAGAAAUCCUGGCUUACCUGGAGAAAGAGACAUAUCAGGAACAGAGUGUCUGCUGAUUACUCCCACAACGUCAACUGCACGCUAUUGGCCAAGGUGUUGCAUGUGUGGUGGCUGCGAGCCCAUGGGUCAGACUUUGAGCCCUGACCACUUCUGUCUGUUUACAAGCAGAGGGUUAACAAAUAGAAAUCAGCCAAAGUAGAGUCCAGACUGCAGUGACUAUCACCACAUGUAUCACCACAUUCAGUAAUACAUCUGUAUGCUCCCUACACUUUAUUCUGUGAUUUAAAAAAAUUCAUAUUUAUUAACCAACGCCAACCACAUUUGCCUUUACUCAA